AUGGUUUGUGACAGCAUCGCUGCCUCUCUCCGGCGGCUGCGUCUGGGAGCAGAACGUAACGCCUUGGCCGGAGACUACAAAUUCAAGCCGGUCGUCGCUUCAGAGACGACAGGACAGGAAGUGGGGAGGGGCGGGGGUGUGGGAUGUAGGAAGGAGAGGAAAUUGUGGCAGCACAGGCUGAUCUUGCUGUGCAUGGUAGGCAUCAUCUCCUUCCUCCACUACUUCGAGGCCCUCCGCUACAUCUCCCUGCUGCGUGAGCUCUCCUCCCCCUACCUCAACAUCAAGUCCUUCAUCAUUGCCUCCGCCUUCCUCUCGAGGGAGAAAGGUGUUGCCGCCAUACCGCACAGCCCCACCUCCGUGCCGGGUCCUGUGGGAGAAGGAGGACGGAUGACUCUGGGGAUUGGGGGGGUCGUGGUUCAAGGUGCUGGAACUGUUGGCAGCGCAGGGCUGGAUAUUAGAUUGAGGGAGAAGUCGGUGCCCACCCCCCCUUGGGCUAAACGAGAGGAAAAUCAGCAGGGAGACACUGUGAAUGAGAAAAGAGCAGAAGACCAGUUGAAGCCACAGAACCUGAGCCACCCAGCCCAACCUGCUGGGCCUGACCUCCCAGAGGUCCCAUUGGUGGGAAAACAGGUGGUGUUACGCAAUGACACAUUUCCAGACCCCUUAAAAUCUAUGGGGGACCUCCACACCCGCACUCACCGGCUUGAAGAUGACAAAACCCCUUACUUUGUCCGAACCAAAGCUGGAGCCCUUUGUUUCAGGCAGGGGACAGAAGUAGCUACCCCAAAUGAGUACUCUGGGAAAUCCAAGGGUUUUGUGGCUAAUGGAGCUGGGGCUGCUGGGCAACAGAAACCUCUGGCGGUCCAGCAGCAGCCCUCCAUAGCUCCAGAAGUCAAGUGUGUGUGCCGGCCGGGAUGGCACGGACCUUACUGUGGGGUUCCCACCACAGUGUAUCACUCCAAUCUGCCUACCAAGGAGCGGCUGAUGCCCAGAAAGACCCCACGGAGGGUCAUCAAUGCCAUCAACAUAAACCACGAGUUUGACCUGCUGCAAAUACGCUUUCGUGAGCUCGCCCCAGCCGUUGAUCUGUUCCUGGUUUGUGAAUCCAACUUUACUGCCUAUGGAGAGAAACGCCCCCUGACUUUCCUGCGGCUCCUCCUCAAUGGUACAUACGACUACAUACGUCACAAAAUCCUCUACGUGUUCCUCGACCACUUCCCAGAAGGUGGUCGACAGGAUGGCUGGAUCACUGAUGACUACUUGCGUACCUUCCUGACACACAAUGGGAUGUCCAGGGUUGUAGGCGCAAGAUCGGAUGACGUCUUUGCAACAGAGAAACCAGAGCGUCUGUCAGCUCUACAGGCACAGCAGCAGCAGCAGCUCCAGCGGUUUGCCUCGUCUUCCCCCUCGCCACCUAACGGAGCUCAAACACACUUGUAA